CUUUUAUUGAGUUAUAAUAAUGAAGCAACAGAUGGUAACAUUCAGACAUACUUUUUUUUUUGGCGGAUAUGACUAUCAAGGGUGGAUUGCAGUGCGGUCUGUGGAGUCGGUUGUUUCCGCUGAAUUUAAGAAUUGGCUAUAGCAUGUUGUCUGAUGCUGAAGAGAAUGGAGCAAUUACUCCGGGGAAGACUGUUUUAGUUGAACCAACAACUGGAAAUACAGGACUUGGCCUUGCUUUUGUUGCGGCAACUAAGGAGUAUAAAUUGAUAGUCACAAUGCCUGCUUCCGUAAAUAUUGAGAGGAGAAUCCUUUUACGCACAUUUGGUGCAGAGGUUAUUUUGACGAAUGCAGAGAAAGGGCUGAAAGGGGCUGUUGACAAAGCUGAAGAAAUUGUCAACGCCACACCCAAUGCUUACAUGUUUCGACAGUUUGAUAACAAAAAUAAUACCAAGAUCCACUUCGAAACUACAGGGCCAGAGAUAUGGGAGGAUACCAUGGGUAGUGUUGAUGUAUUGGUUGCUGCUAUUGGAACUGGCGGCACUAUUACAGGCACCGGAGAUUAUCUGAAAUUGAUGAACAAAAAUAUACAGGUGGUUGGGGUGGAACCUGCAGACAGAAGUAUAAUCUCAGGAGACAAUCCAGUUAUUGACUUGACUGUAUUGGGGAAGAUGGAAAUUCCAUACUGUAUUUUUGUAGUUUACUGGAUUUUCUUAAUUAGUGAUAAUGUUAAGCAUUGACUUUUAAUGUGUUGAAUGUAACUUGUUAGAAAUUGACAAUGACUUGUGGAAAAUAAUAUUCGGAAUUAUGUCAAUUUUCUUGUGCAUUAUUAGCUACUAGUAAUUUCUAGGUUGUACGUAUAAUUUCUGCGCCGGAAAAGUGUAGACCAUAU